AUGUGUGAUGGGGAGAAGGACUGUGCAGAUGGCUCUGAUGAGGACAGGUGUGCCCAGCUGUGCAAUACCCCAGGGGCCUUCCACUGUGCGAGUGGAGCCAUGUGCAUUGGGGCUGGGGAGCGCUGCGAUGGGGUGCCACAGUGCCCCGAUGCCUCGGAUGAGACAGGCUGCUGGAGCCCCAUGCAGGAGUGUGCCCUGCGCUGCGAUGCUGCCACCCGCUGCGUCCCCGAGAGCUGGCUGUGUGACGGCCAUGCUGACUGCCUGGACCAUGCUGAUGAGCAAGGCUGUGGUGAGAUGCUGGGGUCGGCACCGAAGGAGUGCAGCCCAGCUGAGUUCCCCUGCCGGAGCGGCCAGUGCAUAGCCCUGGCCCUGCGCUGCGAUGGUGACCGUGACUGCCGUGACGGCUCGGAUGAGGAGGGCUGUGCCGUGCCCCGGCCGCUGCUCUGCCGUGCGGGGGAGUUGGCGUGUCCCCGCAGCGGGGAGUGUGUGCCGGAGGCCUGGCGCUGCGAUGGCACUGCUGACUGUGGGGAUGGCACAGACGAGCAGGGCUGUCCCUGGGAGGAAGGGCUGUGUGGGGACCGGCAGUGGGGCUGCUCCCGUGGCCACGAGUGCAUCCCUGAUAUCUGGCGCUGCGAUGGAGAGAGUGACUGCAUGGAUGGCAGCGAUGAGGCUGGCUGCUAUCGGCUGGCCGAGGAUGGUCUGUCCUGCAUGGACAUAGACGAGUGCACGGAGCAGGGCGAGGGAGCCUGCACCCAGACGUGCCUCAAUGCCCCAGGGUCCUACAGCUGUGGUUGUCUCCCAGGCUACUUGCUGGAGCCUGACGGCCACGUCUGCAAACUCACUGGACCAGAGCCCAUGUUGCUGGUGGCCGUGCAGUCAGAGGUGUUGUCCCGUGGCCUGCGGAGUGGGCGCGAGGAGGUGCUGCUGGCCACUGACAAGGAUCGCGUUGUCUUCUCGCUCGACUAUGACCUGGUGGAGAGGAAAGUCUUCUGGAUGGACCUGGCCACAGAGAGCAUCCGCUGGCAGGACUUUGACUCGGGCAAGAAAGGCACAUUGGUGAAAGGUGUGAGAUCAGACUGUAUAGCAGUGGACUGGCUCGGCAGGAACCUGUACUGGACAGAUGGGGCAGCAGGGCAGGUGCUGGCCACUCGCCUGGGGGCUGCCUGGAGAGGGAUACCAGAGUACACUGUGGUGAUGGAUGGAGACCUGGACCAGCCCCACUCCUUGGUGCUCCAGCCGCUGGCAGGGCUGCUGUAUUGGUCAGAGGUGGGGAGCCACCCACGGCUGAUGGAAGCCACCAUGGAUGGGAGUCGGCGACACGUGCUGUUGGCCCAGGGGCUGGGCUGGCCCACAGCACUGGCCCUUCCCCUCCCCACCUGGAGGAUCUUCUGGUUGGAUGAAAAGCUGGGCAGCUUUGGUUCUGCACGUCUGGAUGGCACCAGUGUGAAGGUCCUGCAGCUGAGCUGGGUCCGGAGCCCCUUUGCGGCGGCUGUGUGUGAGGGGCAGCUCUACUGGUCGGAGAGGAAGGCGUGGUCCGUGCAGCAGGUGGACAAGGCCAGUGGCAAGAACAGGACUGUGCUGCUCAAGCGACAUGGGCAGCCCCAUGGCCUCCAGGUGAUGCACCCAGCCCUGCGCCCCGUGGUCCCCAACCCGUGCGCGGCGCGUGGCUGCUCCCACCUGUGCCUGCUGAGCGCCAGGCACGCUGGGCAGUGCCGGUGCCCCACCGGCCUGACGCUGGCUGCCGAUGAGACCACCUGCCUUCCCCUCCGUGAUUCGGCUUUUGCCCUCCUGGUGUCACCCGCAGCCGUGGCGCAGGUCUAUCUGAAGGACCUGCCCACAACAGCUGGAUCCCAAGACCUUCCCCCACAUCGAGCCCUGCCCUUGGCCAAGGUGGGCCGCCUGACAGCCAUCGACUACGCAGUGAAAGACAAGAGCCUGUAUUUCGCGGAGGCGGGGGGUGACUCCAUCGGGCUGCUGCGUCUGAAGGACUGGGAGAGAGGCACCAUCAGCAGUGUCGAGCUGGACGGAUCCCACUUCCGGGUGGUGCGGGAAGGGCUGCAUGGCCUCUCACUUUUCACCAUUGGAGAAGGCUUUCUGCUCUGGAGCACAACCUCAACCAACGGCUCCAGCAAGAUCUGGCACAGCCGGCUGGAGCGGGCCGAGAGCUGGUGGUUCCCGAUGGAGCAGGAGUUGGUAGCCAUGAGGAUUUACAGCCAGUUCUCCCAGGAAGGCACCAAUGGCUGUGCGAAGAGUAACGGGGGCUGUGCCCAGCUCUGCCUGCCCAACCCUGCGGGGCGGCUGUGCCGCUGCUCCCCCGGCUAUCACCUGGUGCGUGGGGUGGCGUGCACGCUGGCACUGCCCUGCCCGGCCCCGCUCCAGGCUUGCCCUGACCUCCAGACCUGCAUCUCUGGAGAGCAGGUCUGCAAUGGACACCCUGACUGCGCUGAUGGCUCCGAUGAGUCUGACUGCCCCUCUGUGGAGGUAGGGACGCAGGUCCCCUUGGCGGCACCAUCAGUGAUGUCCCAUGUGGAAGAACAGAAACCAGCCUUAUCCACAGCUGCACCCAAGCCUCGGCAGCCUGGCCCCAGCCUGCCCACAGCCCCCGGCCCCCAGGAGCAUGGAGAGCCCUUCCUGGUACCCCCCAGCACCGAGGAGGUGCUGGGGGCCAUGCCAUGUAGCAGCGAGACGUGUAACCUGCGCGGGGAGUGUGCCAUCGAGGCUGGGCGAGUAACGUGCCACUGUGCCCUGGGCUAUCGUGGUGACUACUGCGAGGAGGCAGAGGUGCAGCCUGUUGCAGGCCCUAUUGCCCUGGGGGUGGCCGUGCUCCUGCUGCUCGCUGCUGCUGCUGUAGGGGCCCUGGCCUACAUGCGGAGGCGGGACAGACGGAGGAGUACUGCCUCCACCCGGGUGCUGACCUUGUACCACCGUGAAAGCGACCCCGAGGAAGAGGAUGAUGAGGAGGAAGAGCUUCCCCCCAAGAGUGACACCUUUGUGAAUGAAGCUUACGAUGGGAAAGAGGUGAGCACCAUCUGGAGCACGCCCUGGUAG